AUGACAGGAGCUGCAGUAGACACCCCUCCGGGGUCCACCACACCCGCCCCUACCGAUCUCCGCCCAUCGGUCCCGAUACUUUCAUCCAUUGAUGGAGAAGCCGCGUUCCGGUCCGCUUGGGCUAACGACGCCCCAGGCAUCAUGCGGGAAGUCUGGGCCCUUAGCCAAGCCGUAACCAACAUGCACGAGGAAAUCGUGAGGCUCCGCCAAACCGCCAUCACAACUGCCAACACCACGAACUCACACAUCGAAACCCUGCAAACCCGCCUGAGUAACUCCCUCAUGGAAUCGAACGAUAAAGAUGAUACAAUCUCCCACAUGGAAGGACAAAUAGAGGCGUACAAAGCCAUAGCGGCCACUGGAGGAAGCCAUCGCCACCGCUCCGCUGAGCACCCCAAGCCCGAUGCAUUCAGUGGAGAGAAUCCCAAGGAUCUACCAGAAUUCUUACAGAAACUCGAACUCAAAUUGCAUAUGAACAGAGACUGGUGGGCAGACGAAACAGAACGAAUGGGGUUCGUCAUUUCAUGCCUCAGUGGGGACGCCCACGCCCAGGUCAGUUACAACGUAUCACACGGAAUCGUCCAGUUUGCAAACGUCGAGGCCAUCAUCACAACCUUGAAGACAGAUUUAUGGCGAAGAGUGGACUCGGCCGCACUGGAACCCCAAAGAGAUAUAGGACAUGCCAACAAGGUUAUAAACCAACCUUGCGAAAAGCCUUAUUGCCAUACUGGAUCGCAGUCGCCCAACUCAACGACCCCAGACAUUCCGAAAGACAAAAAUCACCUAGUCUACACUUGCAAACGGCCCACCUCUGAAACUACCAAACCCCGACAUCAUAUGGAGGCUCGUGGUCCUCAAAGCCGCACCGACCACUUUAGCGGAAUUCAUCGAACUAGUCAGGCAAUGCGACAGUGA